AUGGCUACUGAAUUGACUGAACUUGAACAACUUCUUAUUAAGUAUAUGAAACAUAUUUCAACAACUGGAAUCGAAGAAGGCUUAGCCAAAAGUAUAAAGUCUGAUUUGGGAAAAGAUGGAUGGUUGAUCACACAACAAUCUCUUCCAACAAAUGAAUCUCGCUUCAACCUUCUUGCUACUCAGUCAAGUCAAGAUAAAGUUCGUUUAAUUCUGAAUACUCAUCUGGAUACGGUUCCUCCAUACAUUCCACCAACAUUCGAUGACGAAAACAUCUAUGGAAGAGGAUCUAAUGAUGCGAAAGGUCAAUUAGUAUGUAUGAUCAUGGCAGCAAACGAAUUCAUCAAAAGACACCCCCAUUUGUCAGAUCAAAUAGGUCUAUUAUUCGUUGUUGGCGAAGAAGUCGAUCACGUGGGAAUGGAGGAAGCCAACCAUUUGGGUAUCAAUCCAGAGUAUCUCAUUGUGGGCGAACCGACUGAACUCAAAUUCGCUACCAUUCAGAAAGGAGCCUUAAAAGUUCUACUAAAAGCCAAUGGAGUGGCAGGUCACUCUGGUUAUCCCAAGUCUGGAGAAAGUGCUGUACACAAGCUCAUACCUGUUCUCAAUGAUGUGAUUAAUCAUAAAUGGCCAACCUCAGAGAAAAUUGGGGAUACCACGUACAAUAUUGGGCUCAUCAAAGGUGGCCAAGCCCAAAAUGCAUGGGCUGAAUCGGCUGAAGCCAAUAUUUUCUUCCGUGUGACCACAUCUGUUGAGGAUAUUAUGCAGCAACUGCAGAGUAUUGUCGGUGAUCGGGUGGAAAUCGAAGUGCUUGGAAGAAACUCACCUGUUAUCCUAAGCCCAAAUCCACUGGGCUAUCCAGAAGAAUCUGUUGCUUUCAAUACAGAUUUACCAUACUAUCACAAAAUCCGAGAGGUCAAAGGAAAGUAUUUAUUUGGUGGUGGUUCGAUCAAGAAUGCUCAUUCCGAUCAUGAGUUCAUGCCCAGAUCAGAGUUGGCAGAGUGCCAGAAAGUACUUGUUAAUUUGAUGGAAAAAUUGCUUCUUUAG